AUGACGGGCUUUCUCAUUCCUGCAGGUCCCCUGCUGCAGACUUCUGAUGGGAAAGGAAUGGAGGAAGCCAACAUCCGCCACCUGGUGCAGCCCAGAGGGCCGAGGAGCAGAGCAGGGCCCUGGCAGGGAGGUCGGAGGAAGUUCCGCCGCCAGCGGCCGCGCCUCUCCCAUAAAGGCCCCAUGCCUUUCUGAAGCAGGACUGAAGGGACCCCACAUGCCCACCCUCUGCGAUUCUCUCUGCUCCGUAGAUCCGUAGAUCCAUCUGCUUCUCUGGAGCCCUCACAUCUGCCACUUGGCUGGCGCACGUCUUAACAGCUGAUGGUCCCGGCUCUCC